ACUCCGCAGAACAUCCCCCCCUUCUCUCUCUCCUCUCUCUCUCUCUCUCUCUCUCUACCUCUCCUUUUCUCUUUCUCUCUCGCUCGCUCAGUAUAGUGCUCGACCUCGGCGCGGAUCCCAUCUCCGCGAGCUCCAAUUCGCCCUUUCCUCCCCCUUCCUUCGAUCCGUAUACCUCAUCGCAAAACCCUAACCCGUGAGGUCGUCAAGGCUUUUCUAUCUCAAGACACCUUGCAAUAGUUGAUCGAUAAUUUACCGUGAACUAGGACUUGUAAACUUGCGCCCGAGUAUUGUUGGGUUGCUGAUAAGUCUGUUUGUAUUUCCUUAUUUUAAUAUUGCUUUACUGCACUAUGCCCAAAAUCCGGAAGCUGUACAAUGCUUGCAAAGAAUCGUUCUCUCCUAAUGGACCGGUGUCUGAGGAAGCUCUUGAGCGUGUUCGUGUUAUAUUAGAUGAUAUCAAACCUUACGAUGUUGGUCUUGAACAAGAAGCUCAAGCUGUACGCAGUUGGAAAGGUUCAGCACGCGGAACGAAUGGGAAACAAGGACGUAAUGGGAGUAACCAAUAUUUACCUCCGAUCAAAUAUUUGCACAUUCACGAAUGCGAGAGUUUUUCUAUUGGGAUAUUUUGCAUGCCGCCAUCAUCAAUUAUCCCGCUCCACAAUCAUCCUGGAAUGACUGUGCUGAGCAAGCUUCUUUAUGGUUCAUUGCAUGUUAUGUCAUAUGAUUGGCUAGAUGUAGCUGGACCAAUUGAACCUUCAGAGGCGAGGCCUGCGAAGUUAGUUCGAGAUGGCGAAAUGUCUGCACCAUGUGGGGCAACGAUCCUUUAUCCUUCAAACGGUGGCAACAUCCACUGUUUCAGAGCCAUUACUCCUUGCGCACUUUUCGACAUUCUAUCUCCUCCUUACUCAUCAGAAGACGGACGUCACUGCUCCUACUUUAGAAAGUCUUCGAGCAAGCCUCAAUCUGGUGAUUUACCCAGCGAAAUUAAUGCCUCCGAUGUGACUUGGCUUGAAGAAUAUCAGCCCCCAGAUAGCUUCGUCAUUCGAAGAGGUUUGUACAAGGGGCCUGUUAUAAACCCUAGGUAAAACAUACGCCAAUCCUAUUGGCUCUAGUUAACAUAACAGGAAACUUGCGACAAAAGUAGCUGUUAUAUUAUGAUUUUUUUCUAAGGAAAAAAAAAAAAUAGACAGCGGAAUAAUUACUCCUAAUGAGUCGGUGAUAUGUAGCUUGUAAUUGGGUUUGUACAUGUUAUAUAGACUUUUCCUGCACAAUUUGCACCCAGCUUUUAGAAAUGCAUGGAUGAAAAUCCCUUAAAAGAAGAGUAGGAAACCCAGCUAUAACGAGCACUGCUAUUUUGUCCUUCUGUGUGGGCGGAGCACAUUUCUGAUCUUUUUGACUAUUUAUUGCUACUUUUUUUUGCGUUUUCGUGCUUCAAUUUUUCGCAGUACCUCUCGGCGCUGUAUUAUGAACUUUUGUUGUGAUGGCUCGGAGGGACCGUAAAUUUUCGAUAUUUUCUUUUGGUUUUUUGUUUUUUUGGUUUUUUUCAUGUGUGCGCGUGGGCGUGUGCGCGUGAAGCUAUGCCAUGCGGAAUAGAAGGUUAAGUCCAUGGCAUGAAUUAGAUUUCUCUACUAAUUUGCUCCA